UCCGCCGAACGCACCGAGCCAGGACAGUAUACGAACGUCAUUCGGCGCGGACUGAACGGCGAAAGGCGCGUUACCUGCCGAGCGGGGAAAUAGGGGUUGCGAUUCAGUGGAACGAUCAUCGUUCGACAUUUUUAUCGAACAAUCGUUCACGAUUUUCUGUCGUUUGCCAAGUGCGAGAAGAGGAAAGAAAAAAAAAAUAGAGACAUAUAUAUAUAUAUACAUACACACACGCACGAGAGAAGAUCUACGGAUUGUUUCACGGAGAACGGUGGAUUAAUUGGCUGCACGUUUCCACGCGUGUGAAUUAUAGAAAUCGAGAUUAAAAUAGCGGUCGAUUAAAAAAAAUCACUUGAUGCGCUGAGGAUGCGCCGUGAUUUCUGCAACGGUGGGCUUGCCUGUGCCGUUGUGUGGGUGUCAUCGACCUGCUGGCUGUUACUGUCUUUCUCAUCCUCGGUCACAGCAGAACCAUCACUGAAGGCAGUAGGUCGAUGCCCAGCCUUCGAGGAGCAAAAUGUAUGUCCGGCAAGGGCACCAACUUGUGAAAAUGACUUCCAGUGUCAGUCAGCGGGUGAACGUUGCUGCAAGACAGCUUGCGGAACAAAAUGCGUCAACGGUGAGUUGACAGGAUGUGAACAGCUGGCGCAGGCAGCCGUGAGAAGAUCUCGUGCUCUUGGUCCACGUGGACCCGCGCAAUUUAUACCAAAGUGCAACAACGAGACAGGCGAAUUUGAGAGGAUACAAUGCGACCCACGGGAAAAGCAAUGCUGGUGCGUGGACGAGAUCGGCGUAGAGAUCCCGGGCACCAGGGGAAACUCUAUGGACGUGAUCGAUUGCGACAAUCCUCGAGAAUGUCCCGCGCAUACCUGUCGAAUGCUAUGCGUAUUGGGCUUUGAGAUCGAACCGAAAACUGGCUGCCCUAAAUGCGAGUGCCGGGAUCCUUGUCGCGGGAUCACCUGUCCAGGAACCAGUCAAACGUGCGUGUUGAUCGAUGCAACGUGUGCCCGUCCACCGUGUCCGCCAAUUCCUAGUUGUCGCAAAGCAAAGUCAUUGUCCACGAUAUGUCCGGCUGGGGAACCGUUACAGAUCACAGAUUCACCUAGGCCAUUUCUCUGCGGCGAUGAACCGGGUAAACCGAGUUGUCCGCCAAUGUAUAGCUGCCUGGUUGAGCCGAAGCAGGAGUACGGUGUCUGUUGUCCAUCGAACAUUAAUUUGAAGAGGCCUGGAACGUGCCCGUUAGAGGAGGCUGCGAUAUGCGGUAACACGUGUCAACACGACUUGGAGUGCCCUGGUCCUGAGAAAUGUUGCAAGAGCGAGAAAUGCGGCGGUGGUGUUUGUUCUGUGCCGCAAGGAUUGAGUGCUUGCCACAGAGAUCGGGUAUUGGUGGAGAUGCUAAGUAUCUCUGAGAGGCAGGGACGUGGAUACGUUCCUCAAUGCUCUGAAGAUGGAGGAUACGAGAGUAGACAAUGCUCAAGGAACGGUCUGGUUUGCUGGUGCGUGGAUAACAAUGGUCGAAAAAUAUCCGGUACCAUGGGGCCCGCGAAUAAAGUAGAUUGCAAAUCGGUAAUGAAAGGGAGGUCCCUUCCGGCUUCCUGCGUUUCGCAACAGUGCGCUCAGGUGUGCCAGUAUGGAUUCAAAACAGAUGCUUCCGGAUGUCCGACUUGCGAAUGUGACAAUCCUUGCGAAGGUUUUCCAUGUCCAAUAGGUGAACAAUGCGUUUUGCAUCGUGAAGACGGAUGUCCGGAUUUUCUCUGCCCAACCAGACCGGAAUGUAAACCGAAGAAAACUUACCAAAGUCCUUGUGUUUAUGGAACUCCUUUAAUCGAUGAUGAACGGAACGCAGUAACCUGUUCUAAGAAUGACACAUGUCCCCAAGGCUACAAAUGCAUCGUUGUACCGGAAGCUGGACAAUCAGUAUGUUGCAUGACGUCAGCCAAUUCAACAAAAACGCAAACUAUGUGUGAAUACUUGAGGGAAUUCAACGAACGUAUGGAAGGAACCAGAGAGGACAUGUCUCUAGCAAUUCCACCGCCUCAAUGCGAAAAAGAUGGCAGUUAUAAGCCUUUGCAAUGCCACAACGGUACUUGUUCCUGCGUGAAUGAUCGCGGUGUUGUUCUAAAAAGCAGCGUGAACCGUAGCAGCGAUUGCAAAGAGAUAAAAGAUCUUCUCAAGUUGUGCGGAUCUCUGUCCUGUGACUUGGCAUGUCCUUACGGUUUCGAGGUGGAUGCGACAGGUUGCGAACAGUGUCGAUGUCACGAUCCUUGCAAAGACGUCUCAUGUAGUCCACACGAAAUUUGCACGAUAGUCGACGUGAAUUGCGGAUUAGGACAACACUGUCCAGCGGUUCCAGCCUGUCUGGCUACCAAACCGGGCCAGUGUCCGUAUUUAGUACCAAGUUCGUCAAGUUGCGAGCUACAAUGUAGCAAUGAUCAAGAAUGUUCAGCUACAGAAAAAUGUUGUUCUACGGGUUGUGGAACACAAUGUGUAGCUCCUGUGAUGGCUACCGCUUGUCAACAUGCACGUGCAGUAGCGGAACACGCCGCCAGAGAAUCCGGAGAGCCAGCCAGAAGAAUUUACAUUCCCAGAUGUGACACCAACGGAGCAUUUGAACCAGUUCAAUGCCAUAGUAGGAUGUGCUGGUGUGUGGAUAAGGAGGGCAGAGAGGCGGCAGGUACUCGUGUUCUUGAGGGAAUAGUGCCAAAGUGUAACACGCCGCUCAGAUGCCCGGAAAUUGAUUGCAAAUUGGACUGUUCCGAUGGAUACGAAUUGGAUCCCGAUAGCGGUUGUCCAACAUGUUCCUGUCGAGAUCCCUGCAAAAGUGUGACUUGUCGGGGUGAAAAUGAAGCUUGUAGGAUGGUUGAAGUAGCUUGUAGCGUACCACCAUGUCCCCCUGUACCAGUCUGUUUACCAAAAAAGGAUAAUCCAUGUCCGAAUGGAUCUCCUCUGUUAGAUCAAAAUAGUUCUCCAGCAAUUUGUGGGCCACACGGUCAACACUGUCCAUCCACGCACAAGUGUGAAUUGUCUCCUUUGGACGAAUACGCUGUAUGCUGUCCAAAACCUCGCGAGGUUUGUUUCGAACCACCGCGAAAAGUAUCGUGUAAUUUAGGAAUGGGUUUGAACGAGACCGAGAGAUGGUACUUUGAUCCGGAACGUAACGAAUGCAGGAUAAAAACUGAAUGUACACUGGGUCAUAAUGAUUUCUCUAGCCGUUUAGUAUGUGACACUGUAUGUCCUGUGUUGUCACAAUGCGAACGACUUAGAGAGAAGAAUUUGAAAACCUCUCAAAGAUUAAAGCAACCGACAUUUUUACCCAGAUGUGAUUCGGAGAAUGGUAUGUGGGAGCCUGUACAGUGUUUGGAACAUGUCGGUGUUUGCUGGUGUGUUAACGGAAAGGGUCAGCCAAUGAAAGGUUCGCUUACUAGAGCACCUGAACCGAAGUGUAACUUUAGGCAGGCGAGACGAGGAGGUAGGGGGCCGAUAAUUCAAGAAAUCGACCGUGAAAUUCAGGCAUUCAUGGAGAAUGCUCUAAUUAACUUGGAAACCGACGAGAAGCAAAUUGGGAAAGUAUUGGGUACGAGAUGUCAGGCGAUGAAGGAUAAAGGUCACGUCCCGGCAAUUUGCGAUCGUCAGGGUAGGUUUGAGCCGAUGCAAUGUGCUGGUGAUACAUGUUGGUGUGUUGAUGAAGCGGGUAAUCAACUCAUAGGAUCAGAGCCUUUCCUGAAAGGAACGAAUAUUUGCUUACCAACUCCAGUAGAAGCUGUCGAAAUUACUCUACGUUUCCCCGGUCGAUUUCUUGCCGAUGAUGAAACAACGCUUAUCAGACAAACGGAGGAUCUUCUUCGUGAUUUAGGCGCUAGAAUAAAAAACGAUAUACGGGUGGAAAUCAAUCAAGACUCAGCUAUACUAAGUUUCGAAGUAAUAGGUCCAAAUAAAGUAGAUGUGGCAUUUCAUUUGGAAGAAUUAACCAGAAUACAGAAGCUCUCUAUGUUGGGAUCAUUUGCGGAUGCAACUACUUCUCGUUUCACACAUAGAUCGCCCCCAAUGGCUAUGCAAAGUAGAAUUGUAGCAUUGGAACAACGGGAAAUUCUCACGGAAGUAGAAACACCUGUUUAUCAAACAGCCACUCUUGUCUUAGCAGCAGGAAGUGCUUUUAUAAUUAGCAGUUUGCUCAUUUUAUUAAUGUUAUACCGUAAAAAGAUAAAAAUGAAAGAUCCAUCUAAAACAUUAGCCGCAGAUCAACACUUUCUUGCGUACCAGCAACCAGUGUAUGUAAUAUCGAGUAUAGAGCAGGAAGAGAAGAAGAAGGAUAUUACCGAAGUGCAAGAGAGUACGUCGGAUGUGGUGGUCGGCACAUAGAACAGAUUAAGAAUUAAAUACGUAGAUCAUUGUUAUCCGCGAAUAUAGUCAUGAUCGAAAUUACGUCUACGUAAUUCCUUUCAUAUUUCGAUGAAAUAUUUAUUCUUUAAAUACAAGAUGCAUUACAAUUGUUAGAAUCGAUGGUCGACCGAAUAGAUUGAUAUUUCCUUCAUUGUGGAUAUCACGUAAUUAAUCCACGAUAUAGGAUAUAACAUGUAACUGCGAUUUUUAUAAGGGAACUAAAAAAGAAAGAGAUUCGGUCUGCUGUCGAGGAACAAUAGUUCUUAUUUAGAACAAUUUAAUUUUUUCGCGGAUCUCUGUUUCGUCUCGAACGUAUCAGAGUUACUAACGCAAAAAUGUCCUAGCCUGAAGAAGAAACGCAAGGAUAUCGUUGUGUUAUAUGUAUAUCAUGGGUGUAAAUAUUAGACUCAUAUUGUGUGUUCGUUUAUUUAUAUAGCUCAAUAAAGAUCGGAAAUUCCUUUA